AUGAAUGCGGGAAGAGUGAUUUGGACGCGAUUCCUUGGGCAGAUCGAAGGUGCAUUACCGCGUAAACUUGUUCCGUUUUGGAAAGCUCCAGCGGGUGAGUAUAUCAGAAUGAUGAUGUGUGUAAAUGCGAUGUUCACAAUCGCGUUCGAUCGACGAAGUUUAUAGUAUCGGACUUUAAACAGCAUAUGCUCAUAUUUCUUUGAUGUUUGUUUCACGUUUUUUUAAAACUUCGAUGUUCAAGGAACUUGUUCAGACAGUCAACGUUGGGUUUCUAUAAAGACAUCCUGUUGAAGGCAGUGUCACCACGUCAAACGACCUUAUGAAUUUAAGCUUAUAUUAUUUUACAUUGAAACAAUAGAAAACCUCUUCCUUGUUUGCAUAGCCUGAUAUAAACUCGAGAGGGGUUGGUAGAUUUCGAGACAGUUACAUGUGUGCAAACCCGGGACGAAGUCGAGCCUCUGCGCGAGCAGAUUACAACACUACUGUAUCUGAGCAAAAUUAAAAGUUGUUCUCUUUUGCUCAUGUUAUAAAACAAGAAUUAGGCGGCUCAGCGUGUAUUAUUGAGUUAUGGUUGCACUUGGGAGGAUUGCUAGCCAAGUGCAACUCUUACGCUUGAUUUGUACUUACAUGUACAUGUAGCAGCCUCCCACAUGCAACUAUAACUCAAUAGUACACAUAGCCUGAUUCUCAGAUGAGGUCGUUUAUGGCCCCUUCACUUCUCUCCCUCUCCUCUCUCUCUUGAAGGGGCUGCAAAUGAUGUCAGACAUCUGAGAAUCAGGCUAUAGUACACACUGAGCCAUUUACCAUUUGUUAAGUGGAUAAACAAUUAUUGGAUGAGGUUUUUGUGAUAAUCUGGAAUGAUCAAGGUACCAAAUCUACUAGUUAUUGCUUUGUUAUACAUUGUUUUGAGAAAAAUAACAACAAACGCACUAUGGCACAGAACACAGGGCAUGAUCCAUUCAAUCUAAAUUUCUGGAAAUUCCAAUCAGAAGUCAAAUGGUACGGUCCAUUUUGGUUCAGUCUGACCAGAUACUCUGUAUCUGGGUCCACCUUCGAAGGUGGUGCACUUUGACUGUUUGGACCAAUUGACCAAAAUGUCCCAUUCCAUUAGGACAAAUUAAUAUCAUAUAAUGUUUCCAGCACUGCUGUUCUCAGGGGCACCCAACGAGGAUAUAGUUCAAAACCACUUAACAUAGCAUUGUUGAACGUAUUUUAGUAUUUAAACGGUAGAUAUAGGCAUAUUUUUAUCCCCUAAAAACUUUUCAUCUGUUCAGAUUUCCUAGCUGAAAGUCUAGUGAUCUGAAAAUUAUAGGGAUCAAAACUUACCUUUUCGAAAACUUCAGCCAGGAAAAGGCUCCCGAAAAUUCUAGGUGGCCUUUUUUAGGGUAUAUAUCCGUUUAAAAUGGGUAAUUAUACCAUUUUGUAGAUGUUCGAAAAUCCUAGGAGAGGCAGGCAAGCAAGAAAUUUUACAACAAAUGUUCCGAAAAUUCUAGUUCUCAAAUCUUCUUCCGAACAGAUAUUUUCCCGAAAAUUGCUGUUGGGUGCCCCUGUGUUCUGUCUCCUGCUUAUGAUAUUGCUGACAUGGCAAGUGAUAAUUUUUAUAUCUCAUGAAAUAUAAAAUAUUAUUAUAUGAAUGAUAUUAAAUACUAAUACAGGCCUAGACUCCAUGAACUGUAAAGUAAGGACAAAUAAUAGAAAAAUUAUCAUACAUGUAAGUUGAUUUGGAACAAACAAGAUAGUGUGUGACUACGUUUUACAAUUGAAUUGUGAAACUUUCCGUACAUGUAUUUUUGCUUUCAGGUCCUCAGACUAUCUUUUUCUGGGCGCCAGCUUUCAAGUGGGUAAGAUUCAUGAAUGCAAAAUAUUUAACCCUUGGAGGACUGUUUUGGCUGUUUUCAUUCUGCAUGAAACAAUGCAUACAAUGUAUUUCCUUUCUAAACCUAUUUAGCUUUUGGUUUAAUCGUUUACAUUGGUAAACAAUGAAUUCAGCAAGGAUAGCUCUUUGCACAGGUACAUCAUUUCAAAUCUGACCAAUCCUGCCAGAGUUACAUGCAAAAACCUCCCAACAUUUUGAGGAAAACUUCACUGCCAAUUUUGCUGUUUACCUUUUGCUCAUUCCAGAUGAAAUAUUCUCCUUUCCUGAAAAAAUAGCAUCCACAAUAAAUUUAUGGUGGAUGCUAUUUUUCUCAGGAAAGGAGAAUAUUUCAUCUGGAAAUUGAGCAUGACUACAUAUAAAAAAGAAAGGCAAAGGAAAAAAGGGAGCAAGAUAGGAAGAUUGAAAUAGAUUUUCAAAGAAAAAACAAAACAAAAAAGAAGUCCAAAUUUAGGCAUACAUGUAUGUGCAUGUGCUUACUGCAUACGAUAGGUAUGCAAACUGGCUGAAAACCAAAAAAAGUUUUUGGUUAAUAAUUGCAGCUUUUCAUUCCUUACAUGUAUUUGGCAGUUGCCCAAGGGUUUACAGUGUUUAGUAGAGUUUGAUUCUCAACAUCCUCGGAGACCCAGGGGCAGAUAAGGGGGGCGAGGGAAAGUCUAAACGGGCGGAAAAAUAUAUGUGGAACGAAGAAAAGUAAAAGAACGGCGAGAAGAGAGAGAGAGAAUGAAGAAAAGUAAAGAACGGCGAGAAGAGCCCCUGGGGACAAUGUCUUACCAGACCAGUUCCAAACGGUCGCCGCCGUUCUGGCUUCUGAUUGGUGCCAGAAAACUUGUGUUUUUCUUACACCAAUCAGAAACCAGAACAGCGGUGACCCUUUGGAACUGGUCUGGUAAGACAUUGUCCCCAGGGGCUCUUCUCGCCGUUCUUUACUUUUCUUCAUUCCACAUAUAUUUUUCCGCCCUUUUAGACUUUCCCUCGUCCCCACUAUCUGCCCCUGGGUCUCCGAGGAUGGAUUCUCAACCACUGUUUGGUAUUAUUCAGGGGCUUGUAUUUGCUGGAAUAGCUGAUCUUGCCAGGCCAGCAGACAAACUCAGUCCAUCGCAGUCCACUGCUUUAGCUGCUACAGGUAACAAAGCACACAGUGCAUGAUUUGUAUCUACAUGUAGUCUCCCAUGCAGCUGUUUUUGUCUUGUCAUGUGAUGCUUCUCCCUAAGAAAUGGCUGUUCAUAUUUGAACUACAUUUCCUUUCUAAAUUGUUUUAUCAGCCCACAGAAAUGACCAAUUAUUUAUCAGCAAAUUUUUUGUGCAAAGAAUGAGCACUUGUUGUAUGGAGGUGUCCUGACAGAGGAGGCAUCCCACUGCAGGGUUCUGUUUUGCUUUCAUAAACAUGGAAUCAAAAGAUUGAAUUUUUCUAAGGCAAAACUGAAAUGCAUACUUGGGACUGAAAUUGUUGCCUUCAAAAUGUACAAUGCUUGUUGAAAAAAGCUGAAUCAGUAAAUUUUCCAUUGCCGAAAUAUUUUUUUGGCAGGAAACAGCUGAUUUUUAUCAAGUUAGUAUCAGUAUUUUUAUCAGGUCCUGUCAGAAGUAGAUGCAGACCAGAUAUUAUAGUACAGGCCAAGGGCAUUGCAGCGUUUGUUGCAUACAAUAUGGCCGAUUUACAUGUACACACAAUCAGGCCCAAUUUUAGCGGUUCUCAUACAUUCUCUCUAACGGCUACCACUGCCCGCCGGAAUGUUAUUUACAAAGCGAAACGAAAGUUGCACCCGAUCUCAGGUUAAUGCAGCUUAAAUUACACGCAAGUUGGGUGUAUUUAUCAUGUAGAAAUUUCCUCUCUUACUUUUACAUGCAAGCUGCAUGUUUUUUUUUUAUGGCAGAUCUAAAAGAAGUCAUAAGAUGCUGAUCGAUCACAGUCUCUUCACAUUUAAAUUUCAGGAGGAACUAACAUGUCUCGAUUUAAUAUAAAAAUAAUUUUGAAUCAUGUUUUUUGCAUUCAAAACACGUAUAGCUUUAUUACGUAACAGUAAUCCAUGAAAGAAUCUUUUUGUAAGUUACAUCUGUAGAACUGAGAAGUUGCAGUCUAAUUCAUAUACUGUAAUCAGCAGUGUACUGUGUGUUUCCAUUUAGUUUGUCAUUGCGUGAAUUUCGUGACCAUUUGUUCAGCCUAAUAGAAUGAAAGGCGAAUGUUUACUGGAUAUUCAUUCCAAAACAUUUAAGUUAAACCGGAUGGUGGAUGUUUUACAUGUACGCGUAUAUUGUUCCCACCGUUGCGACUUCCUCUGUUUAUUUAUCUAAAGUUAUUUCUGGUGGUCGAGAAAAAUGAGUACUUACUGCAUUAACGAAGAAAAGCUUGUAAACAACAGUUUAAGCAAAGAAAAGUGUUAAUAAUAAUAAUAAUAAUAUUUAUUGCUUUUAUUGCACAUUUUAUCAUUAAAAGAUAUGAUCAAAUGCACAUAACACUCGAAUAAGACUACAACAAAAGUUAUAUUGCAUACUUUCUAUAUACUAAAGCUUAAUCAUUUGUUACAUUUCUUUCCUAAUAGGUAAUUUAGCGUAACUCAUACCAAGUAAGAACCGAAGGGGCUAGCUAGUCUAGGUGGGCAGUGUCUAUAUAAAACAAAAUAUGCACUCCAAAUGGUGUUAUAUUAAAUUAACAGGUCAACAAAAGUUAUUUAAGCUUGUUUACUUCUUCAUCACUUUGCUGUAAGGAUCACUUUUGCCUUUUUGUAUUUUCUCAGUUAUUGCAAUGAUGUAUUGUACUGAUCCAGGUCUACAAUUGGGAGAUCUGGCACCACUCAACAGUUUGUCUCUGUGCAAAUUGCUGAUAUUUUAUAUUAUGAUUGGACAGGAUGUCAAAGGUUAAUUUGGUACAAACCUGUUCCAGAAAAUAGAACAGUAGCUGUGAUUGGCUCAAAUCAGGAAAGGAAUGUGGUGCAAAUGAGAGCAGCCAUUUGUUGGUGAGGAAUGCUGGGUGACGAAAACCGGCUGCAAGGGAGACUAGAUUUAUAUGAAGACAGGCUAACAAAAAAAAUUAGAAAUUGUCUUUGUGCCCUGGAUACACUUUCAUGAAACACACAGCAAAGACAAAUCUACUGGGACUAUUUCUGCCAAAUCAGCCAAAUGAAAAGCACAAUUUGUAUAUUGGUGAUGAUUACAUGAUCACAUGCACAAAAGGUUUGGGUGAAUAUUCAGGUAGAUGCAUCCACGAUCUGAAUCUGUUGGUUUAGAAUGCUGUCUGUUGUUGAUGCAGUAUUUAAAAAGUUGAUUUUUUUUUUGCAGGAUUGAUAUGGGCACGAUACUCGCUGGUCAUCAUCCCUAAAAACUGGCUUCUUUUCAGUGUAAACAUUGGUCUGGGAUUAACUGGAAUAAAUCAGCUUUGUAGAAUAGCAUAGUAAGUAAUUCCCAAACAAUCAAUUUCAGGCUGUAGGGUGAAUGUUAUGUUUUAAUCGUUUGUUGACUAAGCUAAGGGUAAGCAUUAAGUAAAGGUUAACUAAGGUGAUUCCCUGAGAAGAAGUUACUGUGGCACCUUCCAAAAGUGUUUCCCACACUGUAUGUUGCUGAGAUACACUUAGGGGGAAGUAUGCUUGAGAAAUGUCAAGUGGUGUUUUGUUUUGGUUUUUGUGACACAGCUACAUGAAAAUCCCAACUUACAAUAUAUUAACGUUUCCACAAGCAUUUUCUACACUGUUGGCAGUAGUGACCUUAUUUAUGCUCCAACAACGGCAACACUAAUGGAAGACAGACUAAAAAACUGACUUCUCGUUACACUGUAUUCCAAGCUUUUUUGCAGUUAUCCCACCUUUUUGCUCAGAAAUGUAAAAGUGGAAAAUUAAGGUGGAUCUGAGAAGAUAGAUACUGCAUAAUUCAUAGCCUUGCCAUUCACACUCCAAAAAAGAUAAAAUUUGUUCAUUUCACCUCUGUUAAGGAGGAAGGGAAAAAAAUUUGCAGUAAGGAAGAUGUACACACAGAGGUUAUAUGUUUUGCUCAUUUACCCCAUGUUUUUUCUGACAUUCCCAUUGCCUUCGCCGUCAUAUUAAUUAAAAGUAGUUUAGUAAGCCACUUUGUCCUUGUGAAUUUCGUAUAUUGGGUGAAGAAUUUUUUGCAACAUUUAAACAUAAAAAUAUGUGGUAAAUUGUCUUAAAAUCAAUUUCCAGUUACAGGUAUUCCCAAGCACAGCUGGAAGAAGAAAAGAAUUAA